GCCGAGCCGCGGCGGUCCCGGUGUCGGUGCCCGGGCUGUGCCCGUGUCCCCGCGGUCUCCAUGCCGUCGCGGGUGCUGUGCCUGGGCGGCGGGGCCGGGGGUCCCGCUGCGCGCAGGGUCCGCCUGCUCCUGCGGCAGGUGGUGGGCGGCGGCGCGGCCGCGGCGCGGUAUGGCCGCUCCGAGGUCAGGGCGCUGCACAGCUCAGGUGAUACUGUCACUAUUGGAGAUGUGUCUUUUAAACUCAAAACACCGAAGAACCCAGAACUUGUUCCACAGAACUACAUGACAGAGUCUCUGGCCCAGUCUGUAGUCCACCAUUUAAGAUGGAUAAUGCAGAAAGAUCUUCUUGGCCAAGAUGUUUUUCUUAUUGGGCCUCCUGGGCCUCUCCGGAGAUCGAUUGCCAUGCAGUACCUGGAGCUGACAAAGCGGGAGGUUGAAUAUAUCGCACUGUCGAGGGACACCACAGAAACCGAUCUCAAACAGCGGCGAGAGAUCCGGGAUGGCAGCGCUUUUUAUCUUGACCAGUGUGCAGUUCGUGCAGCUACGGAAGGCAGAAUCCUUGUUCUGGAAGGCUUGGAGAAGGCUGAGCGGAACGUCCUGCCAGUGUUGAACAAUUUGCUGGAGAACAGGGAAAUGCAGCUUGAAGAUGGUCGUUUUCUCAUGUCUGCAGAUCGUUAUGACAAACUUUUGCAGGAGCAUACCAAAUCAGAGUUAGAUGCAUGGAAGAUUGUUCGGGUUAGUGAAGAUUUUCGAGUGAUAGCCUUGGGCCUGCCAGUACCUAAAUACUCUGGUAACCCUUUGGAUCCACCCCUCCGCUCUCGAUUUCAAGCAAGAGAUGUUUAUCAUCUGCCCUUUAAGGACCAUCUUCAGCUGUUAUAUUCAAUUGGAUCAAACAUUUCCACAGAGAGAAUUUCUCAGCUCCUGUCUUUUGCUACAACUCUCUGCUCUCAAGAAUCUUCUACACUGGGACUUCCAGAUUUUCCUUUAGACAGCUUAUCGGCUGCAGUUCAGAUUUUGGAUUCCUUUCCUAUGAUGUCAGUCCAGCAUGUUAUUGACCGGCUUUACCCCUAUCAUCUUUUCCUUGGAAAGGAAGGCCGAACUGCAGUCAAAGACAUGUUAAAAUGCUUUGAGCUUCAAGAUUCAGAAAAACACGUGUUUCCUAGGAAGAUUACCAGAGUAGAAAGUGUACAUGGAAACAAACCCUUUAAAGCUGAUGUAACUGUCCAAAUUGGUGAAAAAGAAGUGACAUUCCAGGUUCCAGCUGGAACUGGAAUGUUAAAAAAUCAUUCUCGAUCAGAUACUUUCAUAAGGACUUCCAGCCAUAAUCAACUGUUGGCAGAAAUGAUGCAAUCCCAUAUGGUUAAAGAUAUGUGUUUAAUUGGAGGAAAAGGUUGUGGCAAAACAGUUAUUGCCAAGGAGUUUGCUGAUAUACUGGGAUACAGCAUAGAGCCCAUCAUGCUAUACCAAGAUAUGACAGCUAGAGAUUUGCUCCAGCAAAGAUACACUCUUCCAAACGGAGACACUGCUUGGAGACCAUCACCACUUGUCACUGCAGCUCUGGAAGGAAAGCUUGUUCUUCUGGACGGCAUUCACCGAAUUAACCCUGGCACUCUAGCUGUGCUCCAAAGACUAAUACAUGACAGAGAACUGACUCUCUAUGACGGCACCAGAUUGUUAAGGGAAGAUAGAUACCAAAACGUAAAAGAAGAAUUACAGCUCACUGAUGAGAAACUACAGGAGAGAUCUAUCUUUCCGAUCCAUCCUUCUUUCAGAAUAGUGGUCUUAGCAGAGCCUCCUGUCAUUGGAAGUACUACCCAGCAAUGGCUGGGUCCAGAGUUUUUGACACUGUUUCUGUUUCAUAAUGUUCGAUCUUUAAGCAAGAGUGAAGAAAUUGAAGUUAUUAAACAAAUGAUUCCAAAUGUACCCAGUGCUGCUGUGGAAAAGUUGUUGUCAGUAACACACAAGCUUCGGGAGACAAAUGAUGCCACUGCACAGUCACUGGCCUCGUUUUUAUCUACUCGACAACUGUUGCGAAUUUGCCGUCGACUGUCCCAACAUCCAGAUGAAAGCCUUUAUGAUGCUGUUAAUAAAGCCUGCCUUUCCAGAUUUUUACCAAACCUUGCCAGAUCAGCUUUACACAAAAAUCUGCAGGAUUCUGGUAUUGGAGCAAGUCCAGAUGACGCAGAAAAACUAGAGGGAAAGGAUUACACAUGUGAAAUAAACAACGGGAUUCUGAAGAUAGGCUCUGUGACCAUGCCAAUUUAUAACUCAGCUGAGAAAAUGAAAGUGCCAGAUGUUUUGUUUUAUGAAAAUGCACAACAUAUGAUGGUAAUGGAAGAUAUGCUCAAGGACUUUCUGCUGGGAGAACAUCUUCUUUUAGUUGGCAACCAGGGAGUUGGGAAAAACAAGGUUGUUGACAGAUUCCUUCACCUUUUGAACAGACCCAGAGAGUAUUUACAGCUACACAGGGAUACCACUGUACAAAGCCUUACCCUACAACCUUCUGUAAAGGAUGGUCUUAUAAUAUAUGAAGAUUCGCCACUGGUAAAAGCAGUGAGGUUCGGCCAUAUUUUGGUAAUUGAUGAGGCAGACAAAGCACCAACAAAUGUUACCUGUAUCUUAAAAACUUUAGUAGAAAGUGGGGAAAUGGUUUUGUCAGACGGAAGGCGAAUUGUUGCCAAUCAUGCUCAUGUAGAAGGGAGAGAAAAUGUAAUAGUUAUUCAUCCUGAUUUUAGAAUGAUAGUUCUGGCAAAUAGGCCUGGGUUUCCUUUCUUGGGUAAUGACUUUUUUGGCACAUUGGGGGACAUUUUUAGUUGCCAUGCUGUUGAUAAUCCCAAACCACAGUCAGAACUGGCAAUGCUUAAACAAUAUGGUCCCGAUGUUCCAGAGGCGAUUCUGCAGAAACUGGUAGCUGCUUUUGGAGAGCUCAGGAGCUUAGCUGACCAAGGAACAAUUAACUACCCCUAUUCAACUAGAGAAGUUGUGAACAUUGUAAAACAUUUACAGAAAUUUCCAUCUGAAGGACUUGCAAAUGUUGUUCGAAACGUGUUUGACUUUGACUCCUACAAUAAUGAAGUGCGUGAAAUUUUAUACAAAACUUUGCACAAGUAUGGGAUACCUAUUGGAGCAAAACCAACCAAUGUACAGCUGGCCAAGGAACUGCCAUUACCAGAUCAUAAGUUUAUGGGCUACUGGAAAGUCGAUCAGCCAGGAAAUGCACAAAAGAAAAUGCUGUGUCCAUCAGAAACUCAAAAAAUAGAAGUAAAGGGCCCUGUGUACUUAAAUAUUCAAGGCUUUCCACUGGAACGACAUGAAGCCAGGUCCAUCAGUUUCACAGAAGAACUUGCUUUUUGGACAUUGCCUUUGGAUGAAAUUAACUUGGUUUGUGAUGUCACAGUAACAAAAGAAGAGGAACAUAAAAAUAUUCUUUAUGUUACUACAUGUAAUCCUGUUUCCUUAUACUUCAUGAACAUUUCUGGUAAGACUGGAUACUUUGUGGAUCUUUAUGACCUCUUCCCAAGAACAGUUGGAAGUGUCUGGCAACCUUUUGUGACUGCAGCACCACUGGGAAAUCCACUUAAAGGUCAAGUGGUUCUACAUGAAGAGGAGAGCAAUGUUGUGUUGUUGCUGGAUACAAGCAACGGUGCCCUUCGCCGACUUUUGCUCUCACCAGAUGCUCAGGACUCUCCUAAGAGAACAUCUUGGUGGAACAACAAGGAAGAGAAGAACAACUACAAAAUGUGCCGAGAGUUUUCACACAAAAACUGGCUGGUAUUCUACAAAGAAGCAGGAAACCACCUUAUUGUACUGGAUGUAUUGGAGGGUCAAACUCACACCAUCUCACUUCCAAUCAGUUUGAAAUCUGUUUUCCUGGUGGCUGAAGACCGGUGGCUCUUGGUGGAAAACGAAACAAAUAAGAAAUUUCUUUUAACCAAGCAUGCCCAUAUGGAGGCUCAAGGCAGUGAGGUUUGCCAGCUGCAUGCAUUGAGUGAAGAGCCAGCUGACAUGGGAUUUGGCUUAACAACAGUGUCUGAAUUGUGUGUGCCUCAUGCAGUUUCAACUGACCAGCUAUCUUCAGAAAACCUCAGUGCAGCUGUGGGACAAAAGAUCAGCUCCCCCAACAGGAUCUUCUCAGAUGAGCAUAAUUAUGCUACUGUUGUCAUUGGUUUCCCAGACCUCUUGUCUCCCAGUGAAGUGUAUAGCUGGAAGAGAAACUCCUCUCUGAGUCACAAACGUGCUUCUCCUUCUGAUCCACUUUAUUAUGGAGGCAAGAGGAAAACCGGAACUGCAAAACAAACCAAUUGUGUUACUUUAUUGGCUUCUAAUCAAAUAGUCCGAAUUUUAGCACCUGGAGAUGUGCCCCUGAAAGACAUUUACCCAAAAGAUGUCACUCCUCCACCAGCUGCUGGAUACUUGGAAGUAACAGAUCUUAAUUCAAAGAAAAUCAAAUACAUUGCAAUUCCUGGGUCAAAGUCUCUCUCUCCAUAUACAUCUUGGCUCUCUACAAUCUCAGAUGCUGAUGCCCUGCUGGCACCACUGGGCAAAGUAGGUUUGGUUACUGUGGACAUGGGAGGAGGUGUGAGGCUUUGGGAGACUGGGCUGGACAGCCUCCAGCAGUCACUGCAGGAUUGGAGGAACAUGAUAGGCCAAGAAGAUGGGCGUCCUGUGCAGAUAACCAUUGAGAGGGAAAGUGGUUUGGAUGUCAGCUCCCCCAAACAUGGAAAAGUGGAUCCAGCCAACAUGCCACAUGUUGGUGGAAAUAUGUGGGCUGGUGGAACAGGUGGGAGAGACACUGCUGGGUUAGGUGGCAAAGGUGGGCCAUAUCGACUGGAUGCUGGCCACAGGGUUUACCAAGUGUCCCAAGCUGAAAAGGACGCUGUUCCUGAGGAAGUUAAGAGAGCUGCUAGAGAGAUGGCUGAAAAGGCCUUUAAACAGAGAUUGAAAGAAAUUCAGAUGAGUGAAUAUGAUGCAUCAACUUACGAAAGGUUCUCUGGAGCAGUCCGACGUCAAGUUCAGUCACUCCGCAUCAUCUUAGACAAUCUGCAGGCCAAGGGUAAAGAAAGACAAUGGCUGAGACACCAAGCUGUUGGAGAGCUGGAUGAUGCCAAAAUCAUUGAUGGGCUAACUGGAGAAAAAGCCAUAUAUAAACGACGUGGAGAACUUGAGCCACAACCGGGGAGCCCCCAGCAGAAGCCCAAGCGCCUGCGCCUGGUGGUGGAUGUUUCGGGCAGCAUGUACCGCUUCAACGGCGUGGAUGGGCGCCUGGAGCGCUCCAUGGAGGCCGUCUGCAUGGUCAUGGAAGCUUUUGAGAACUAUGAGCACAAAUUCAAGUACGACAUCGUUGGACAUUCGGGAGAUGGCUUCAACAUUGCCUUGGUUGGGAGUGACAAAGUUCCCAAGAACAAUAAGCAAAGAUUAGAGAUUCUAAAGACCAUGCAUGCCCACGCCCAGUUCUGCAUGAGUGGAGACCAUACCUUGGAAGGGACAGAGCAUGCCAUUCGGGAAAUCGCCAAGGAGGAGGCGGACGAGUAUUUUGUUAUCGUCCUAAGUGACGCAAACCUGGAGCGUUACGGGAUCCCGCCCGCGAGAUUCGCACAGGUCUUGACCACCAACACUCAAGUCAAUGCUUUCGCCAUAUUUAUAGGAUCCUUGGGAGACCAGGCAGAUAGGCUGCAGAGGACACUGCCAGCAGGUCGGUCUUUCAUUGCCAUGGAUACCAAAGAGAUCCCUCAGAUUUUGCAGCAGAUUUUCACAUCUACCCUGUUGUCAAGUGCCUAAGCAUCACUGGUGUCACCAGGUGUGAAUUCAAAGAGGAAACCCACUCCUGCUGGAGGUACAAACCCUGAAGUUGAGGAUAAACACAAUUAUUAAGAAAAUACAUACCCUUCUUUAAUCAGCCAAGCAACCAUAAUCUACAUGACAGCCAGGCUGUAAAUUUUCCCCAGAAUCUCUCAAGCGACCCAGCACAUUCAAAGGGCUGCAGCAGGGCAGAGGAUGGCGACAGAAUGGAUGUUUUUCCAGAGGGACAAACAAACAAAGGACAGUCUGUGAUCAUUCCUCUGCCUGCCGUGCUGCCAGCACUAUGGAAUCAUCUCAUCCUGUUUCAUUAAACACAGUUCACUGGGAUUUGGUAAUCCUGUGCAAGGCAGAUCCAGGCAAUCUGUGUCAGUGUUUCGUGUGCAUAUGUUUGAAUGGGUGGUUAACUCCAUCUCUGAUUUAAACAGGGCUGCUCUUGCCAGGCAGGAAAUCCUUCCUUCCUAUCCUGUUGCUUUCUUGUCUUGAUGGGCAUCAGGGCUUCACCCUGAGGCUGGGAACAAUGGAGCAGUUUGGAAACACUGACCAUCACAUGUAAACAUUCAUUAUCUGAUCAGGCACCAUGCUCUGAGUUGUCAGAGCCAGAGAAAGUGGCCGUUAAGAAGUAAAAGAAAACAGAAAUAAAUUGGUUCAGUUCUGCCUAUGAAAAGUAAGGGGAAAGGAUCAAAACACUCUUAAGAACCCAAGAGGCAGUGCUUCCAAGAAGGAAACUUUGCACAACUCCUUUGCACUGCUGAUGAUGCUGCACCCACUGAACUGUUACUGAGAUGGCCUCAGCACAUGGGGGUGACUCUUCAAUCAGGGGACAAAAAGGUUACUAGAGCUUUGCUGGAGCAUGUUCACCAUCUGUUUUCCUUGGGUCAUUUGAAGGUUAAACUGGAGGAGAGAUUUAGGCAUGAAAAAAUAAGUUAUUUUUUAUAAAGGAAGAGGGAAAAGUAUUUUAGCAAGAUAUCUGUGUUAGAAUGUAUUUAAUAUCCAAGUUAGUUAUAAAGACUUACUUUAUGAUUCAAUCAGUUGGUGUUUGGCUUGUCCCAUGAGGUGAUAAUUCCUCUUUAUCUACUAAAGAAGAGCUAUUUUGUAGUUCUUUGGGAACAGUGGAAUACUCAAUGAAUUGAAUGUAUGAUUUAAUUAAGCUGGUGUGGGGGAUGUACAUCAUAACUGAUACUAAUUACAGGGUAACUGAAUAAAAGAACAUUCAGGAAGAGUGCUUAUAAAAAUCUGAAGGAGGAAUUGCAAUUCUUUUAAUUUUUCUCUUAGUCCUGCAGUUGAUCAAGCUGCACUUUGAGCAAUAUCUUUAGAAGGGAGGAGGCAAAUUAAUUUGGUCUCACUGAAUUCAACCAUGGUGUUUUAAAAGGUCCAGCUUGUGGUGGUCAUUCUCUAGUCCAUCAAUCCUACAGCAAAAAUCUUCACCAGAGCAUCAAAAAUGUCCCUUGUUUAGGAUGAAUUUUGAAGCCUGGUCAGCUUUCAAACUCUUCAUGAGGGGGACGGAAGACAUUUUUCAAAGUCUUGUUAGCAUUGUUAUGAUAACUAUAUAUGUAAAAACAAAGAGAUUGAAGAUGCAGUUCCUGUUUGGAAUUGGGAGGAGAAGGUUGAGAAGGUUAUCCCUGGCAGGACAAAUGCACAUGUAUGCACAUACGCACAGAUGCUGCUACUAAGGGGAAGUGUGCUUCAAAAUAAAAAUAUCUUGGUCCUGUAAACAAAUAACGAGAUACUAAAUGCAAUAAAUAAUUGAAAUAUUGGUAAUGCUCUUAAUAAAUGUGUGUUUACAUGGAAAUUUCUUUAGCACAUCUGCCUUCAUUGCCAGAGUCCUGAAAAAAAGAACCUUUUUCUUGCAGUUAAUUAGCAGAUGCGCUGUACACUUUCUACAUUACUUGUGUGAAUAAAUUUUCUCACCUUAGAUUUAAAUGCAGUAAAAUACUGUUAUCUUUAUCAUUAAAAAAUAGUACUAUUUAAAGGAAAAACUA